CUUUGUACAAAACAGCUGUAUGAAGCUGGAAAUUUACCAGCUGAUUGUAAGCUGAGAAACGGGGAUAGUCUAGCGGUGAUUUUUAUUCUGCAUUUUGUGAACAUACAUUAUUACAUUAAAAUUUUAUGUUUUCUGCAAAUUGUCAGUUAUACGAAUAUCAUCGAGUUGGUUUUGAAGAGGCACUGUAAUUGGAAUCGUUAGGCCUCGCCUGCAGGGUUGGUAAAUUGGCCUUCCUUUCAUCAUUCACCACCUAUGAGGAGGGAAGCAGGGGAGCUGAAUAGCUUCUGCAUCUUUCUGUAGCUAUUGUAUCAAUGAAAAUAUAUGAGAUGAUGUUGGACAAAAAGGAAAAGCCGAAGCCGACUUUUCCAAUUAUCGAAACUGUAAAGAACUUCGAGAAUGAAAAUGAUUCAAGAACUGCCAAUGCGCAGUAUUUAUGUCUUGAAGAAGACCUUAGCGAGGCCAAGAUGUCCCAAUAUCUAACCGAUCUGAUUCUAAAUGAACUAAAGUCUGUACGAGAAAAAUAUGUACAAGGACGAUUAUUAAUUCCGUGUGAUCUCCCAAGUAAAGUGGCACGAGACACUAUGCGUAUGUCAAGAAAUGAACCUUGUGGUAUCCGUGGUUGUACCUUAUUAAUUGUAUUUGAGGAUAGCGAGAUGUGCAAGAAAGUUGGAAAAGUGCAAAUAGACCCGAAUACUGUAACAACAUUUGAAUUAACUUUGAUUCUGCACAUAGACUCGCAACAAUGGUUAGUGAAAAAACUGCCGGCAUUAUUUAGGAGCUGGUCGGAACCAACGACGACAGUACGACCGGGUUUCAAGAUCACAAAGAACAAACUAUAUCGAAGGGACCGGCGAAUAUCAGAGCUCCAAGCAAUAUGAUUUUGACAUUUUCUGGCCCAAAAUAAAUGCUUUCCUGAGCUUUGUAGUCAGAAAGAUGUGAAGAAGCUUGAUUCAGAAAUGCUGAUGGAAGAGAUUUUUUUUUAUUUUGGAAGUACAGUAACUUGGUUCAUUAUAAUAUAUAUAUUACUUUAUUAGAGCCAUAUCUUCAAAGAAUGUCUUAAAAAAAAACACCAGUAUUUUGAUGUGUCUUAUCAGUAUCAAUCUAGAAUUAUUUUAAACUUGCCUGUUUAAACCCCCAUGGUUUAAUCAAACUAGUGAGGUUAAACAAGUAAUCUCCAAAAAAGAGCAUACCUAUUAGCACUUGCGUGCAAAAAAAACAGUAUUCUUUUUAUACAGUUGUUAUUAAGGGUAAGGACAGUAACAAUUGUCUUAAUUAUAGUAUCUAUUUGAGAUGUUAUGUUUUUGUAAGUUUUUAUGUAGUACUAUUUGUUAUUCCUUUUUAUAAUUUUUCUACUCUUUUUAACUAUACAAUAUAAGGGUUAUUUUGAGAAUAUUCCUGUCCUUCGAAAUUGACGAUGUAUUUAAAUUGUUAUUGUACACAAUUGUUUUGGAAGGUUUGCUGAAUGGUUUGGUGAAGUACCAUAAUAGUUGUAUGUAAUUAGCAAAAUUAGUUUCAAAUUGUGGAUUAGCAAAGUAAAUUCAUCCUGUUUUACAAAUUUUAAGAAGUUGCAUCCCUCCAUGUAGAGUACCGUAGUGUAAACUGUCUAAACAUAAAGGUGACCUUGUGUCUGAAGGAGUAAUGGACAUUGUAUGGAUGAAAGGAAAAAGCUAAUUGGUUGAAUAGGUUUAGGCACAUGAGGGUAGCAUGAACCAGGGAUUAAUCCCUAUGAUAACCACCUGAUUCUCCAGUCCCCUGUUAUUAAAAGAAAACUAUCCUUCUUUGUUGCUCUUUUGGGUACGAAUUAAAUUCAAUGAGAAAAGCCUUGUUUAAACAGACAUUUUUGUCACAUGAUUUGCCAUGAAUGCUGUUUAGUGCCCAUUGAAUGUCACAAUUUAUUUAAACUUAGGUAUACUUUCCUCCAUGGUUAUACUACCACACACCGAACCUUGCUGGACGAACUUGGUAAAAUUUGGUAGAUAGUAAUUAUGUAAUGCAGCGUUGGGUAACUGAAGUGAAUGUGUGUGAUGAACUUGAAAGAAAUACAGGAAACUGAAAAUAGUUAUGUUUCUCCUACCUGCUGUUUGUAACUAUCUGACAUAUUAGGUCGAUAAAUACACUAAUAAAAAUAAUAAAAAAUUAUUGGUAUUCAUGUUGUAUUCAACUCGACAGCAGUGGUUAAGCAAUGAGUGCAGUUAAAAUCAUUCAUAAUUCUCUGAAGGAACCCCUAAAUGUUGAGCUACACUGUAUGAUAUUCUAGAAUUCUGUCAAGUAUUUGGUAACGUUAAAGAAAAUUAUACAAUAAAUUGAGUACUAAAGUCAGUAUUUUGUCAUUUAUACAACAGAAUUUAAUUGCAAUAUUAAUUAUAAACCAUUUCUUUUAAUGUUAAGGUGUUUUUGUUAACUCUGUUCUUUCUCUUACUGAAGAUUGUCAGAUAUGUACAUCUAAAAUGAUAGAUUGUUAUCAAUUUACAUGGUCAAUAAAGGGAAGGCAAGAAAGAGUUCUGAAAGUUUGAAGUAUGGAAUAAGAUUAAUGGAACUAAGAUUCUUAAAGCAUACAAUAUUUGCAAUAUUAUAGAUAUUUUCUUUCUCUAUUCUCUUUCUGUUUGAGAACUGUUUUAAAAUGAGAUUGGAAAUUAUGUAGUGCACAAGUGAGCCUUGAAAUUUAAUUAAAUAAAGAGAAAACAUGAAUAUUUAAACAAGAAACAAA